AUGACAUCCAAUAAAUACCGGUACCACCGCUGUUUGCUGUUCGUUUUAGUCGCUCUCGUGGUCUGUAGCCUCCGCGUCGGUGCAUGCAGUUCAAACGAUACCGAACCGGGACAGGAAAUGCACCAACGGCAGAAACGGUUUCUCACUUUCCUGCCGUGGGGCGGUCUGGUGAAGGCGAUAUUUUCCAUUGCGACGCCCGUUAGAUUCCAGCAUCGAGUGAAGCGAAGUGUGAAUAUGGCGAUUAAUUGCCAGGCAAAUUAUCGGGUGCCGGCGAAAAUAAUUUACCCGAUCCCGGAAAGUUACUUUAAAAAUCGUGAUUUUGGUGAUAGUAAUUUUGUGGACAACAGUCGGGUUCAGCUCUAUCAGCUGUUGGAAAAAAUGAUCGGUUCCUGGAGUCCGAAUGGGCGUGCUUGUUUGCUGCGAACGAUCUGCGAAGUGGCGGAUACUCCACUGAGGCACAACGGACUGAUCGGGGAACUACUUGAUAUAAUAUUCACACCCUCGGAGACGGAUGAAAUGAUUGAAGAGUACAAACUAGCAGCAACGUACGGCCGGAACGGACUGGAUUGUGAACGACUAUACGACAAAUGUCCGAUUGGGCAUGGAAUCCUCGAAAAAGUAUCUUCAGUAAUAAAUGUUUGA